AUGUCCGUACCUCUAAAGAUCAACGUAGAAUUUGAGGUAUAUUCAAGCUUAGGUUUACAUAUUCCACGCUUCAAUGCGAUCAUCAUUUCCCAACUACGAGGCGUCUUGAAGCGAAAGCACACGCUGCCUUAUUUCAAGUUACGGGGUCCGCCACUCAUUAAGAGGCCACUGCAUCCAGCCAACGAAGAAGGUUGUUCCGUCCCCCCUGGAAGAUUGACUGGAGAGGUUGUCAAGUGCACCAGACUGCAGUCAGCUCUAGUUGAUGAGAUCAUGUACUGUACUGUGAUGUUGAGUGAAGUUCCUAUUAUUUGUGCAAUAGAGAAGCCAGCUGGCAUGUAUAUCAUUCUGGACAUCACUUUGAAGCGCCCGCAUGGAGCGUCAGCUGGCAUCCUAUUACAUAAUGCUGAAGAGGGAACUCAGAUGGUAGAAUCCGUUCAGCAGUCAUCGCCAGCAUAUGCAGCUGGGCUGCGCAAAAAUGAUGUGCUGUUAGCUGUCAAUGGAACUUAUCUUAGUUCUAGCCAGCAAGCAGCAAAAUUGUUUUCGUCCAGUAGCAUAAGUGGAGAUGUUGACAAUAUCACACUGCGAGUGAAGAGGAUAAUUCCAGUAGAUCAGAGGAAGAUGGUUGCUGAACAAAAACCAUUUGUUCAGACGGUGCCUCAUCAGUUUAUCGGAGAGGCGUACCACAGUUAG